AUGAUACAACAAAACACUAAUAUAGUUAAUAAACUUCAAGCUCAUUCUCCUCAUUAUUAUACCUAUGCAAUGAGAAAAUAUUAUUUUCAUACUUGUGACUUACUUUUACCAAAAGUUAAAUCUGUACAAGUUUGGCAGCUUUGCACUUAUCAUUCUGAUACAUAUUACGCUUUAGCAUUGUUUAGGUAUGAAAAGGAAUUUGCUACAAAAUUUUGUAAAAUUACAACAUUAGUAUUUUUAGAUGACAAACAUAGGUAUAAAGUUGGAGAACCUGAGUAUCCAGUUGCUGCUAUAGAGAGAGGUAAGCAAGUUGUAGUUAGUAAAAAAUCAAUAUUGAUAGUUGGAGAUCAUGACUAUACAAAGUCUGGAAUAAUACUAAGUGUUAUAAUGAUAUGUGAUAUUCUGGAGUCAGUUGAUAGUAAUUUUUAUGCAGGAGACAUUCAUAUUGGAUUAAAAGAUGCUAUUUUUCAACCUUUCUCACUAAUAUGCCAUGUAGUUGAAUUAUACAAUAUCCUCAUAAAAAAAAAUAUUACCAAUAAACCUGUCUUAUAUCUUUAUACAGAUAGUGGCCCAGACCAUCAUUGUAUAUUUACUA